AUCGACUCCACCGCGUUGGUCACACUGCCAGAGUUCGUGCUGAUUUAUUUAUAAAUUAAUUUCUCUCUAUCUCGUAUUCUCGCUUUGUUUCGUCGCCGCGACGUGUUGUUUUGUGAAAAUUUGCAUCGCAUUUUCGAGCGCGUGCACAAGUGUUAGUCGGUGUGUUGACGUGCGAGGAAAAGCGACGCUCCAAUUUGCGAGAGAGAUCGGGGAAAACAACACACACAACAUUGUCGUCAUCCCAACGCAACAAGCCAUUAAAAAAUCAUAACCUUGGGCGUGUAUUAGUCGAGUGAUCCGCACUCCGCCGAUUUCCCCGCCCAUUCCAACCCCCGAUUUCGAUUGGGAUUACUUCGAUUUUGGGGCCUGUUUCGCAGCCGUUUCUGUUUCCGAGCAAACAUCUGGCGAGAUAAGGGCCUAUAUACAGGCCGCCCCCUCUUACCGUCCCCCUCCGCCCGCUCUGCCCCAUCGAAAGCCCAAAAACAACUUGGUUGCAAAAACGGCGCUGAACUUAUAGUUUCGCCUUUGAAGACAACAGACGCCCGCGCAUCCAAACGCUUGUUAUUUUUUCGCGAGAUGAUUCAUGUGGGCGAGAGUACGUGGAACCUGCGGAUCCUCAUCACGGAUUUGCAGGUGGAGAAGACCCUUCGCGUGAAGGGUGACCAGCACAUAGGAGGCGUGAUGCUGCAGCUGGUCGAUCCGGAGAUGCCAAAGGAUUGGUCCGACCACGCGCUGUGGUGGCCCGCCAAGAAUGUGUGGCUCACCAGGACGAGGUCCACUCUGGACCAGGCCGGAGUCCAGUCCGAUUCGUUUCUUCACUUCACUCCCAUGCACAAAACACUGAGGGUCCAGAUGCCCGACCUGCGCUACCUGGACUAUCGCGUCAACUUCUCGGCCAAAACCUUCGGGGCCGUUGUCAGCCUCUGCAAGGAUCUGGACAUACGCUACCCGGAGGAACUAUCCUUCUGCAAACCCCUGGAGCCGGAGCAUCUCAAGAAGAACUUCUCCAAGCUGCCGCAGCGCAAGAUUCCCGUGGCGGAGGCGAAUGGCAUCGCCUACUUGCAGCCGGCGGCGGACACCAACUCCUUUGUGCCGAUCACAGGAGCCUACAACGGCAGCAACGGCAGUCUCGAUCGCUCGCACAAUGGCAAUCUGCUGUGCGCCCCGGUCUCUCCGUAUGCCACCACUCCCCGGCGGGCAGCCACAGCUCCGGGCACGCCCAUCAGUUCGCCCACGGGCACGUGGAAGCACAACUCCACCGGAUAUGCCAGCUACGACUCCAAUUCUAGUUUCGGGGACCUGCAGGAGAACCUGGCCAUGUCUCCUCGUUCACCCAGUCCGGAUGUGAGGGCUCGCCUAGUGCGGCCCAAGUCGCUGGUGGAGAAAGCCCGUCUCAAUGUGGGCUGGCUGGACUCAUCGCUGUCCAUCAUGGAGCAGGGAGUCAGGGAGUACGACACCCUCUGCUUGCGCUUCAAGUACUACACGUUCUUCGACCUGAAUCCCAAGUACGAUCAGGUGCGGAUCAACCAGCUGUACGAGCAGGCCAAGUGGAGCAUUCUCAACGAGGAACUGGACGCCACCGAGGAGGAGACCCUCAUGUUUGCCGCACUGCAGUUCCAGGUGAAUCACCAGACCGAUCUGCAUCCACCGGGCAUCGAUUCGGGUAUCGAUUCUUCGAGUCAGGAGACUGGCGGCGAGGACGACAUCGACUCCGCACUCAACGAGCUGCAGAUCACGCUCGAGGGUCCGGGCGGUGGGAAGGAUCAGGGCAACAUCACCAGGAUACCGGAGCUGGCGGACUAUCUGAAAUUCCUCAAGCCGCAGCGGUUCACGUUGAAGGGAUACAAGCGCUACUUCUUCACCUACAGGGAUCUGCAUCUGCACCUGUACAAAUCCCAGGAGGAGUCGAGGCGAGGAGCGCCCAGCAUCAGCAUCAACCUGCGGGGAUGCGAGGUGACGCCAGAUGUUAACCUGUCCCAAGGAAAGUUCGCCAUCCGAUUGGAAGUGCCGCCAGAGGGAAGGAGUGGUCCGAACAGCGAAGUCUGGGUGCGAUGCGACAACGAGGAGCAGUACGCCAAGUGGAUGGCCGCCUGCCGAUUGGCGGCAAAGGGACGCUCCCUGGCCGACAGCUCCUACGACAGCGAAGUGAGCAGCAUUCGGUCGCUGCUCCAGAUGCAGAAACCCGCACAGGGAGCUCCGCUCGCCGUUAAUCCCAGGAGCGUCGAGCCCAUGGACUACCUUUCCCCCAAGAUGAUGCGCAAGCUAUCCAGCAAGGCGGUCCAGCGGAUCCUGGAGGCGCACGCCAACGUUCGCCAGCUGCCCCUGAUGGAGGCCAAGAUGAAGUAUAUCCAGGCCUGGCAGUCCCUGCCCGAUUUCGGUGUGACUCUCUUCGUCAUCAAGUUCGACGGCCACAAGAAGGAGGAGCUGCUGGGCGUGGCCAACAACCGCAUCAUGCGCAUGGACCUCAGCUCCGGCGAUCACAUCAAGACCUGGCGCUACAACACAAUGAAGGCCUGGAACGUGAACUGGGGCAUCAAGUGCAUGAUGAUCCAGCUGCAGGACGAGAACAUCGUCUUCUCCGUUCAGUCGGCGGACUGCAAGGUGGUGCACGAGUUCAUCGGCGGCUACAUCUUCAUGUCCAUGCGGUCCAAGGAGAACAACCAGACGCUGAACGAUGAGAUGUUCCACAAACUGACGGGCGGAUGGUCGUAAACGGAUUACCGGAAUCCGGAAUCUAAGGGUGUGGAGAGGAGUCUUACGAGUGCCAAGCACAAACCUCGUCGCAUGUUCUACAGUUUUAUCUACAUAUAUUUACCUAAAGUGGGGUGCGUUGAUUUAUGGGUUUAAAUGUAAUCUGCGGAUUGUGUUAAGUAAAUUUGUCUUAACAAUAGUUAAAAAUUCGUCUUCAAUGUCAAAUCAUUACCAAGGCCAUUUGUGUGUUAUGGUUUUAACAAAUCUAAAAAUAAGCUAAAUUUUUAUCAGCCUUUUAGGCUGUUUGAUUACUUUGCAGCAUUUAUAUACAAAAUAAUUUAUUUUAUGAAGAGCAGAAGAGCUUUUUAAUGUAUUAGGAAAACUUGGCAUAGAUCCAAGUACAAGAAUUUGUCUUGUAAAAAUUGUUAUUUAAAACUAGGGCAAUGCUUGACUUAAUUUUGAAAUCAUGUUGUCCAAAGAUUAUCUCCAUUUUUAUCAACCCAGUUAGUCGACGCACCCUAAUCGAAAGCGUUGUGUGUGUAUAAGUGUUAAUGAGAGUGGAAUUCUAGACUAAUAACAAUCACAAUCACCACGCUGAUAACGAUGUUGUGCCUUCGCCAGAGCAAUCUUAACCCAAAACAAGUCCAAGUCAAUGUCCUGUGUUCUCUGUGUUGUCUGUUUUCUAACACAGCGUUAAAGUUUACACUACUUAAGUCCAUUUUUUUACCACUCUUGUGCGGACUUGCGCGACUAACCCGCAGUUUUAUAUAUUGUAUAUUUAUUAAACAAAUUAAUAAGCAGAAUAAAUUAUUUUAUAUGUUUUUAAUGAUCGUAAA